UCCAGUGAACGCGUCGGCGCGCGCCUCUAUUGGAUUCCCAGAACAAAUAUCAACAUCGGAAAGAAGAACGUUACACUACCUUGAAAAACUACAAGUUCGCAAAGAUGGAAGAUAAAAUGGAAACGAUACGACUAGAGCCAAUGUCUAACAACACAGCUCCAACCAGCCCCGAUAGAGAUGAUAAUGCUGAUUACGACCCACAUCUUCAUCGGCAAUUAGAGAAACCAACAAACAACUUGGAGACCCUAGUGCAUCUGCUGAAAUGCAGCCUUGGCACUGGGAUCCUUGCGAUGCCACAGGCGUUCGCCCGGUCUGGCCUCGUCACCGGCAUCGUGGCCACCGUGCUCGCUGGCAUCCUGGUCACGCAUUGUCUCCAUGUCUUGGUACGUUCGCAAUACGCAGCUUGUAAGAAACUCCGAGUGCCUUUGCUGUCGUACCCUGCAGCAGCUGCUACGGCUUUCAGCAACGGCCCGCCGGCAUUCCGCGGCUUCGCUAAACCCUGCGCUAUCACUGUUGACGUAUUCCUCGUCGUCUACCAGUUGGGAAUCUGCUGCGUAUACAUCGUGUUUAUCGCUGACAACAUCAAGAAGGUGGUCGACCAUUACUACGAGAUGGCAGUCGAAAUUCACAUGUUAAUCAUUCUGGUCCCUCUGAUUGCUUUCAAUUUGAUACCUAGUCUCAAAUUAUUGGCGCCAUUUUCCGCAGUUGCAAACGUGAUGACUUUAGUGGGUCUCGGUAUCGUGGUCUACUUCCUUCUCUCUGGCGAAAAGUCAACUGAGCCAUUGGACCUUUGGGGUUCCGCGGAAACCUUUCCCUUAUUCUUCGGGACCAUUUUGUUUGCGCUAACAGCUGUUGGAGUGGUGAUCGCGUUAGAAAACAAUAUGAAAACUCCUAAGGCGUUCGGUCACCCCUGCGGAGUACUGAACACCGGCAUGACGUUUAUCGUCUUGCUUUACGUCGCAGUCGGUGCUUUGGGCUACAUAUUCUGCGUCUCCAAUUGUAGCGACUCUAUCACUCUGGACUUACCGAAGGGCGACCCGUUGGCAACGACAGUGAUAGUGAUGUUUGCAAUCGCCAUCUUUAUUAGCUACGGCCUACAUUGCUACGUGCCGGUGGAGGUGCUGUGGAAAGGAUACCUUCUCCCGUGGCUCGAGGCUUCAGGCUCGAACCGAUUGCUGGUUUGGAAAUACGGUCUCAGAAUAUCACUUUGUCUUUUGACUUUUCUAUUGGCGGUAACGGUUCCACGUCUGGGGCUAUUCAUCUCACUGUUCGGUGCGCUCUGCCUCUCAGCUCUCGGAAUCUGCUUCCCGGCCAUCAUGGAAUCUUUCCUGCAGUAUCCAAAAAAGCCGAAGCUACUCCUUUUAAAAGACGUAAUUCUCUUCAUUAUCGGGAUCGUUGGACUGCUCGCUGGAACCUAUACUGCGCUCAUCAGUAUUGUACGUUCGUUCCAACCUCAAGCUGUAUUAGCUCAUGGAGCAGAACAUCAACAUGAGUAAACAACCAUGCUCGCACUUUCGUCUCAUCAUCGAAUAUAGCCCAAAGAAUCGACCUAUUCUAUUUUCAGUAAAGCUUCAAGUGCCUUCAUUAAUCGUGUGCAUGGGAUUCUAAAGUAUGAGAGGAUUUAUCAAUGUUUCUUAUGGAAUGAAUGAGUUUGAUGGUUGUUUAAACUCUUUUCAUAUUUUGUCAUUUAAAAACAACGGUAUAUUUUGCUAAGCUAUUUAUGAAUUAUUAAAUUCGAGCAAAUAGAAGGCUAAGUGCACAAAAGCUAAGCUAUAUUAGCAAGGAUAUAUAAUAUUAUUUGUUUUGGAACCGAAUUAUAUUUUGAUCAUAUUUUUAAAGUCUUGUGAAAACAAGCAAUCUGUUAACUUUGUACUAUGAAACAGAUAUUAUAUAUAAACUUUUGCAAACAGAGUACAUUCAUGUGUAAAUGCAUAAUAAAUAUAUCCUUGUCAAUUAAGAUAAUUAAGCUGUAUUUGUAUUGUUUUUCUUUUAACAUAUUGAUUUUGAUAUAUUUGAAAUAAAUUUAAAGUCUGCGGUUAAAAAAGACAGUGAACAAGUUGGGUAAUGUAGAAGAAAAUCUGAAAUGUUCAUUUGGCGUGCGUUUUAUUUAAAACGAGUAUUGUUUUUGAUUUGUUUUAAUAUCAUGCAAUACAAUUGGUAUUUUCUUUUAAUUGUUUAAGCUUAAAAUGUAUUUUGUAGUUAAAGCUUAUGGGGUUAAGGUUCAUUUUUAUUAGCAUUGCUAAUUUCGCUAUCUUUUUUGGAAUGUAGAAAGUAGAAUAUAUAAUUAUUUGGUGUAUGAAAACGAUACUGAAUCUUAAUUUGCGUGUAAGUAAAUGAUUAUUUGGAA